AUGUGCAUGGACGAACUGAAGAGUUACGGGAAACAAAAGCUGCGGGAAGUGUAUGUCUGGCUGGGCAAGCUGGGCGGGGUGGCAGACACACAACUGGAUCAGCGCAAGCAGGAGUGUCUGCUGAGGGAAUGGUUAGGACGUCUGAUGGAUUGA